AUGAAGCGAGCCCAGGGGAUUGUUGUGUCCAAAUUGGCCGCUCGUUUUUCGCUGCCUCCAAAUGUCCAUAGGCCGGGAGCCUUGACGCGCAUCCAUUUUCGCAAUGCUUCUUCGACAGCACCAGCUUCAUCCACAACAUCGGGAGGGUCAUUAGAUGGAAUCAGGAUAUUGGAUCUGUCCCGUGCGCCAUACUGUACGCAGAUCCUCGCAGAUUAUGGCGCAGAUGUCAUCAAGGUUGAGGAUGUCGCGAGAGGUGACGACACUAGACAUUGGAAAAUAUCCGGGGAAGAAUCCGCCUGGAAUCCCGAGGCCGGGCCCAUGUCUCAAUAUUUUGCCUCUGUCAAUCGCAACAAACGGUCCAUCUGCUUGAACCUGAAAAGCGAGAAAGGGCGUGAGGUAUUUCUGAAAUUGGCGGCCAAAGCGGACCUCGUCGUUGAGAACUUCCGUCCCGGUGCUAUGGAUCGACUUGGCCUUGGCUAUGAUGCCCUGAAGUCUGCCAACCCACGGCUCAUCUAUGCCAGCGUUUCCGGAUACGGUUCGUCUGGACCGUAUUCAAAGAAGGCUGGUUAUGACAUGACGGUGGGCGCCGAAGCGGGCCUUCUCCAUGUCACUGGAGAACGCAAUGGUCCACCGGUGAGGCCAGGUCUGGGUCUGGUUGACAUGUGUACCGGAUUGUACACGCAUGGAGCUAUCCUUGCAGCGCUCUAUGCUCGCCAACAGACGGGGCGUGGACAAAAAGUCGAGGUGUCCUUGUUCGAAACACAAAUUGCCCUGUUGAUCAAUGUUGCGUUGUCCUGGCUCAAUCUUGGGAAAGAGGCGGAACGAUGGGGCACACAACAUCCAAGUGUCGUUCCAUAUGACGCCUUUAAGACCCGGGAUCUAUACUUCGUGUGUGGUGCGACGAAUGACAAGCAAUUCAGCACUCUGUGCAAGGUACUCGGUGAUGCUGCCCUGUCAACAGACGAAAGAUUCAGUACGAAUACAGGUCGGGUUCAAAACCGUGAUCAGCUAUUUCCCAUUUUGAACGAUUUGUUCUCAACGAAAACCACCGAAGAAUGGCUGCAAGACUUCGAAGGUAGCGGCUUACCCUACGCACCGAUCAACACUAUGGAAAAGGUGUUCUCCCACCCACAGACCCGCGCACGCGACAUGGUCAAGGAAAUAGCAAUGCCAACUGCAAAAGCUGGCAGGAUAUCCGUAUUAGGACCCGCGGUGAAGUUUACCGAUACCCCAGCCUCCAUUCGCACCAGACCUCCUCUACUGGGUGAGCAUUCUGAGGAAAUCUUGAAGGAGAUUGGCGUCACAGACAACGAGAUCGAAGAGCUCAAGAAUAAUCAAGCCGUGGGCUUCAAUCCGGGAUCAUCAGGUCCCAAAGCUCCUCCCGUGGCCAUGACAUGA